AUGUAGAAAGACUCCUUAUUAGAAAGAAAGGAAACCUUAUAAUCAUUGAAUAAUGCUAAAUUUGGAUGGUUCCACAUUAAAGCUUGUUUGGUAUCUGGAAUAGGAUUUUUCACAGAUGCAUAUGAUUUGUUCAUAAUUUAAUUAGCAAUUAUUAUGAUUGGAAUGGUUUAUUAUCAUGAUGAAGUUCGUGAUGGAGAUACUGUAAUAAAGAAGGCAGAUAAACUCUAUCCAAUUUCUGAAACAUUACUUAAAUAAUCUGCAUUAUUUGGUACUUUAAUAGGUUAAUUAUUAUUUGGAUACUUGGCAGAUUUAUUGGGUAGAAAGAAAAUGUAUGGAACUGAACUCUUAAUUAUAGUAUUUACAACAAUUACAUCUGCUUUAGCAGCAAAUACUGCAGCUCCAAAUGGAUUAACAAUAGUUGGAAUGUUAAUUAUUUGGAGAUUCCUUUUAGGAGUUGGUAUUGGAGGUGAUUAUCCAUUAUCUGCUAUAAUAACAUCAGAAUUUGCAAAUACAAAAAAUAGAGGUGCUAUGAUAGCAGCUGUAUUUGCAAUGCAAGGUUUUGGUAUUUUGACAGGAAGUAUAGUAUCAUUAUUGGUUCUGUUGUCUUUUAGUAAUACUUUAAAUAAUGAUGAUCCUCUAAAUUAUUUAUAGAUAGAUCAUAUUUGGAGAAUCAUUGUUAUUUUUGGAGCUGUACCUGGAUUAGUAGCAAUAUAUUUCAGAAUGACAAUACCAGAAACACCAAGAUUUACAAUGGAUAUAAAAGGAGAUGCUGGAAAGGCAAAGAAAAAUGUUUAAUAAAUUUUGAAAAAUAACAGCAAUGAUAUUUCAGAAGAUAAUACUAGUUUAGAUGAUAAUAAAUAGAAGAUACAAAAACCAACAUUUUAUGAAUUAAAAAGAUAUUUAUCAAAAUGGAGAAAUGGUAAAAUUUUAUUAGGAACAGCCAUGACUUGGUUUGCAUUAGAUAUUGGAUUUUAUGGAAUUAACCUUAAUUAAACUACAAUUUUAAAAUAAAUGGGAUUUGGAAGUGGAUAAGAUCUUAGUUAAUAUGAAAUUCUUAAAUAAGCUAUUUAUGGAAAUCUUAUUACAUCAGCAUUAGGUACUGUUCCAGGAUAUUGGUUGACUGUUCUUUUUGUAGAUAGAUGGGGUAGAAAAACAAUAUAAAUAAUGGGAUUUGUUGCUCUCACUAUUCUAUUUUCAAUAAUGGGAUUAUGUAAAGAUAUAUUAGGUCAUUAUUUAUUCAUAACACUUUAUACAUUAGCCAAUCUAUUUAAUAAUUUUGGACCAAAUGCUACAACAUUCAUUAUUCCUGGAGAAGUCUUUCCAACUAGAUAUAGAUCAACAUGUCAUGGAAUAUCAGCUGCUUCAGGAAAAUUAGGAGCUAUAAUUUCAUAAGUUUGGUUUUUAGGUUUAGGAGCUGAUAAUUUCUAAGCAAUAAUGUUAGUAUUUGCAGUUUUUAUGGGUAUUGGAUUAGCAUUUACUUUUUUGAUACCAGAAACAAAAGGAAAGACUUUGGAAGAAAUUUGUGAAAUUUAAUUGAAAAGUAGUUAAAUUCAAUGUAUUUGA